AUCUUACUUACAGCAUCAUGUCAGAUAUCCUCGAAUCGUACCAGCAAACACUUAGUGAGCUCACAUUCAACUCCCGUCCCAUAAUAGAAACAUUAACCACAAUAGCCAAGGAGAAUCCCACGGUGGCCGAUGGUAUCAUAGACUUAAUAACACAAAGAAUCCGCCGGGCAAUUCCUCAACAUAAACUAUUUGCAUUAUAUUUGCUUGACUCAAUUUGCAAAACCGUGGGUAAUCCUUAUAAUAUUCUUGUAGGAUAUGAUGUCUAUAAUUUGUUUAUUGAUGUAUGGAAAGUGGUUGAUGAAGCUACAAGAACUAGAUUAGUGGCAUUAUUUGAGACUUGGAAAAUUCUGAAAGUUAGAGGUGGUGGUGAGCUGUUGUUCCCCAGAGACCAAUUGGAUAAAGUUGAAGGGUUUUUAAAGAAAGUGGGGAAACUUACAUCAGCACCUACACAAUCACAACUGCAAAAGAGUCAACUGGGUCCAGUGCUUAGUAAUAGUAAGUUAAUUUCUGAUAUCAACCAAUUAAUUCCAAUAUUUGAAGCUAAACUUAAACGUACUAAUGAUUCUAAACUCAAUGAUAAAUUCAGGGCGUUAAACCAAUUAAAAAUUAUCUUGACUAACCAACAAAUGAAACCACAAGAAUUACAAGCAGUUCAGAAUCAACUUAAUGCAAUUAAGGAACAAGAAUUGUCACCUGCGCCGCCAUCCUUACCUCCUAUACCUCCAAAACCAGUAAUCCACCAACAACAUCAACAGCAACAGCAACAGCCUCCACAACCUCUUCAACCAAUAGUAAAUGCCAGUCAAAUAUUUAACGACCUUAUUCUCUCGGGUCUAGUCAAGAAAGAACAAGAACCAAUUCCAGGUUCAAAACCUAAUUAUACAUUAGUAUUCCCUACUAUUAAAUAUGUUCCUAAAACAGAAAUUCCAGGAGUUGAUGUGCUUGCCGAUAUCCUUAAUCCUAACAGCAACAUUCAACGAUCUGAAUAUCAAAAGUUGAAAUUUGGGGAAUUGGUUCAAAUUUCCAAAGCUAUCAGCGGUGAUGAUAACAGCUUACAAAAAUUCAUAAAUACAAAUAAACCUAGUCAUUCCUCAGUUCAACUUUUGUACAAUUCCAAAGCCAGCAAAUGUUCAAUUUGUGGUAAAAGAUUUAGUACUGAUCAAGAAGGAUCCACCAAGAAACGUCUUCAUUUGGAUUGGCAUUUUAGAAUCAAUAAGAAAUUAACAGGUACGGGUUCUGGUGCAACUGGAACUGGUGGGGGCGUUGUAUCCAACGUUCAAUCCAGAAGCUGGUACUUGGAUGAUUACGAUUGGGCUAACUUCAAAGAUGAGCAAUUGUUGGAAUUUGCUACUCCUGAAGUGGCUCAAACUGCAACAAUCAAUUCGAAUAUACCGAGUGGAGUUGUUCCAUAUGUGGUUGUUCCUUCAGCCGAUACCAAUAUGAAUAAUAAAUGUUUGAUCUGUUUAGAACAAGUCAAGGCUAGUUAUAAUGAUGAAAUUGGGGAGUGGUGUUGGAUGGGAUGUAUAAAGAGUCCAAAUGACUCCAAGAACUUACGAAAGAUUGUCCAUAUUACUUGUUUCAACGAUAGAAAGAGAGCAACAGAUACUGAGGAUGGUAAUACUAGAAAACGAGGUAAAUUAGCAUAAUAUAUACUGUAUUCACAUAUAUACCUUUUAUUUUUUUUUUAAAUACAAGAAAAUUUACCUAAUUUAUUUUUGACCCAAACAUUUUAAGAUGUCAUCCCAAACCUUGGCUGGCUUUUGGGAAGCAUCAACACCAUGCCAGAUACCAGUCUUGGUAUAGUAGUCAACAAUUGGUUCGGUUUGCUUGUGGUAAGUGAUCAAUCUCUUCUUUAAAGCUUCUUCGUUAUCGUCAGAUCUUUGAACCAAUGGUUCACCAGUAAGAUCAUCAGUCAUUUCCUUCUUUGGUGGGUUGAACAACUUGUGGUAGGAUCUACCAGAGGCAGGAUGGACUAAUCUACCAGUAAUUCUGGCAACUAAUAAUUCAUCGUCAAUCUUCAAUUCAACAGCACUUUGUAAAGGAGUCUUUCUUUCCUUCAACAUAUCAUCCAACUUUUCAGCUUGAGGAAUGGUUCUUGGGAAACCAUCCAAAAUGAAACCUUGAGAACAUUCCUUGUUGUUUUCCAAUUCACUCUUGAUCAUAUUGACCAUGAUUUCAUCAGAGACUAAUCCACCUUGGUCCAUAAUCUUCUUAGCUUCAACACCAAGGGCAGUCUUGGCAGCAACUUGAGCACGUAACAUAUCACCAGUGGCUAAAUGACAAGCACAGAAUUUGUCACGCAAGUUUGGAGCUUGAGUACCCUUACCAGCACCUGGAGGACCAAUAAGAACCAUACGAAUGGAUUCUGGAACUUCUGGGAUAAGACCAGCUUUCUUUUCCAAUUGUUGGAUACGUUCUUGCAAUUUGUGAACGGUUUGUUUGAGUUCUUCGACAGACAUGUUUGUAGAUGAUUCAAUCAGU